UCGAUUUCAGACCAUUUCGAUGGUCGAUGUCCAUUUCUCGUCACUUCUCUUUCCGAUUCACAGAUUUUCUCUCUUUUCUCUUCUCAACCUAACCCGCGACCCUUAGAGCUUGUCCCAGAUGACCUCUCCUUCUGCCUCCCCACCUGUCGCAAGCAGCAAGGUCAAUCUUCAAGCCUCACAUCAUCUUCUUUCAGGCGCGUUAUCAGGUCUCUCUUCGGCUGUAGUCUUACAGCCCCUCGAUCUUCUCAAGACAAGAUUACAGCAAAGCCAAGAAGGUAUAGGCUCCAAGAGGCAAAAAUUAAGAGGAGUUGUCAAGCAGGUCAUCAAAGAUGAUGGAAUAUCGGGACUAUGGAGAGGUACCAUUCCGACGUUAGUCAGGAAUGUCCCGGGAGUAGCUGUAUAUUUUUAUUCCCUCUCAGCUAUCCGAAAUCGGCUCUCAGCAGUCCCAUAUUUCUCCAUAACGGUGCCAGUGUCUGGAAAUAAAAUAUUAACGCCAUCUGGGCAAGUGAAGAGGGAGGCAGGCUCCAGAUCGGCGAUCGUGAAGCUUUCUUCUGGCGGAAACCUGUUGGCCGGAGCCGUGGGCAGGACAUCGGUGGGCUUCGUCUUGAGCCCUAUUACAGUCAUCAAAGCUCGCUUUGAGAGUAACCGAUAUUCUAAUUACCACUCUAUUCUCGGUGCCCUCUCCUCCUUGUACCGCACCCAAGGGGUGAAAGGUUUCUAUCAAGGAUUCACGGCCACCGCAGUCCGUGAUGCCCCGUAUGCGGGACUGUACCUGGUAUUCUACGAGAAAUCAAAAGAGUUGGCAGGGAGAUUACCAGGGGUGCCUAAUGCGGCCUUACAUUCGUGCUCAGGUAUUAUGGCUGCCACCCUUGCCACAAUCAUCACUUCACCGGCCGAUGUAAUCAAAACCAGAAUGCAGGUCAAUCCGGCUGAGCAUCCCACAUUACGGAAAGCCAUUGCAAGAGUCGUUCAGGAGCGAGGACCACUGGGUUUCUUCUCGGGAACUUCCCUACGAAUAUCGCGCAAAGCUGUAUCUGCUGCGAUUGGAUGGACGGUGUACGAGGGACUUUUGAUUUUCCUUAGAGAUCGUAAAGGGCAGCCUCAAACAGGAGCAUUAUAAUCUGGACAAGUCAAAAUAAGUUGCAUGAACCUUCAUUCACUACUGCUACAAAAGCUCAUGAAUGUCAUUGAAAUCAUAUAAAGACUAUAGAUACUAAACAAAAGUGUACG